GAAGCUUGUUGUUAAAAGAGCUGCGCGGAACUGCUGGGAGCUUAAUGAUAUGCCGAGCCGCCAGGAACUUGUGUACAUGCUGGCCGCUUGCUGCCUCCUCGCUCUCUACUGCAGCCCCGUAGCAAUCUCUUUGCUAUUACAGAGCCUCCCGGAGGACAGCAGGAAUGACAGACCUAUCCUUGGGAUAUUGGCACAGGAGACUGACUUCAAAAGCUUUCAAAAACUUGGGAGUUCUUAUAUUGCUGCUUCGUACGUAAAGUUCAUUGAAUCUGCUGGAGCUCGUGUGGUACCAGUAAGACUGAAUCGUUCAGAGGAAGAAUAUAAUAAGAUUUUCCAAUCUAUUAAUGGGAUACUUUAUCCUGGAGGUGGUGUUGACCUUAAGACUUCUGAAUUCUCCAGAGUUGCGAAUAUAUUCUACAAGAAAGCAGUAGAGGCUAAAGAGAAAGGAGACUAUUUUCCCAUAUGGGGAACAUGCUUGGGACACCAGCUGCUCACCUAUCUCACUAGCGGAGAGAACUUGCUUACUUGGACUAAUACUGAUAAUUUUGCACUUCCACUGAAUUUUACAAAAGAUGCCAAAGCCAGCAAGAUAUUUGCCGAUUUCCCUAAUGAUUUGCUGCAAGAGAUGGCUUCUGAGCCUGUGACUUCAAACUACCAUUUCUGGAGCCUCUCGGUUAAGAAUUUUACAAACAAUGAAAAAUUACGCAGUUUCUAUAAGAUUGUCACAACUAAUGUCCAUGACAAAGUAGAGUUUAUAUCCACCAUGGAAGCUUAUGCAUACCCUGUGUAUGGUGUCCAGUGGCAUCCAGAGAAAAAUCCAUUUGAAUGGAAGAAUGAAACAGGCAUACCACAUUCUCGAUCAGCUGUGAAAGUAACAUAUUACAUUGCUGACUUUUUAGUUAAUGAAGCCCGGAAGAACAAUCAUCGCUUUCCCAGCAAAAAAGAAGAGACAGAGGCACUGAUUUAUAAUUAUAAUCCUGUUUUCACUGGGACAUUUUCCUCAUUUGAGCAGGCUUAUUUUUUUGACUAAGUCUUCAGAGGUCUUUAAGCAGAGAGCAUUUUGAAAUUCUUCAGCAUCAGUAUUUUUUUGGAAUUAAAUUAAUGCAAAGCAUUGCAAAUAGCAAGAAUACAGGCUGUUUAUCAUUCCUUCUAAAAUUAUUUUUUUCCUGUUCUCUGUAGAAUUCCACUUCUUGUUUUCAGCUCCUAUUAAGGAUAUCUGUUGAAAGCCCCAGUGAAAUAAGUGGGAAGCCAUGCAAGAACAUUGUGAUCCAUGAGACUUAUGCAGAAGAAUUUCCCUGGGGACCAUAUCCCAAAUCCUUAUUCACAAACAACACGUAGUAGAGUCUGCUCCUGCACAAAUCUCAUGGAUCAGAAUGAGACAGAAGCAGCACUUGGGUGGUUCGUGUUCAUAGCCUAAAAUCUGCAAACCACACAGAUCCUGUAUGCAUGGCCAAAGUUCCCACCCUCCAAAGGGGAAAAGAUUAGAGGGAUCCAUUUAAUGGCCCUGAAUGCAGGCAUGGGCCCUUUUCUGCCAUGUGCUGAUGGUGUGCAAUAGAACUGACUUUUAUCCUGGUUGAGUUCAUUGUACACAGUUUGGUUUGUUUGUUUUCAGCAUCUCUCUGUAAUUGCACUGUUAGCUUUUUUUUCCUGUUCAUGUUACUGUGAAAUGGAAUUCUUUUUAGAAUGCAGCUCAGAGUUGAGAAUUUUUGUUGGUUUUGAGUUUAUACCUUGAAGUUUGGCACCUGCAGAGGAUCUUGGUUGUAAUAUUUCUGUUCAUGUAAAACUGUAUUUUUAGUGACUUGAUAAGAAAAAAUCUCAGGUAAUCACCCUUUUGACAAAGGACUUCUUUGGAAAUACAAAAGGGAGACAGUUUUUGCACACACUGAGCCAUCUAGUGGGAGCCUUUAUUUCACCUCUUCUUGGCUUUUCUGCCUGCCCCAACAAAUUGAGUAGAAUGAUCUGAUGUUGAGUUUCUCCUCCUACAUGCCAUCUACACCUGACCCAGGCUGUAGCCAGGAUGGGGGGCCUCGAAGGUGGCGCCCCCUAUCAAUUUUGCUCCAUCUCCACUCCAAUCUCCCCUUUCAAUUAUUAAUUUUGAUGGUGUAGCUGCUCUGCUGCCCACCUCACUUCCUUGUCCUUGGCACAACCUGUAGCCACUCAACAGGGUGCAGAACCACAACAGAGCUCCUUCAAGAAGGAAGAAGAGAGUUGGAGUGAGGAGGAGGUGCAGGGGAGGGAAAAGACGAGCUCCUUAGCGUGGGCCUGAGGAAAUGGACUGUGAUGGCACAGGAGUUGCUCGAUGGCCAGCUGUACGCCCUCACUGGCUCUUCCUGAUGCUUCCUUUUGGAAGGAGGGGAUAGAGGCUUUGCCUGGCUGCAGAAGCAGGCCACACCACUCCCUCCCCAGCUGCAGGACCAGUCCAGCGACAGGUAUACGAGCUUCUGUUUCUUUGCUUAGUGGAAACUGUGUCAGAUGUUAAUGAAGCGGUGAGAGGUACUUUUAAUUCUUAGACAUCCCUUUUGGACAAUUCCUCAAGACUAUGAUAGCUGCCUUCAUUGAAUCAAAGGAACUAAUUAAAUUAACCGCCCCCACCCAGUGGCGCCUUAUUUAGCGCCCCUCCCCCCCAAAAAAAAUCCUAGCUACAGGCCCCAGUUAGCAAGAUGCUUCUAACUGUGAUGUGUUUCUUUAGCAAAGCUUUCCAUGAAUAACACAGGCUUAAUUUUUAAAAUAUUUAUGUUGCUUUUCUAUUAGAGACCUUCUAGUAUGUGAGCUGUUCUCAAGCUUUCCCCUUGCAGUACUAACGAACUCCACCUGACAGAGCUUUCCCAUUGCUGAGCACUGGCCAUUGGAGGCUCUUUUCCCUCUGUCUCCUCUUUGAUCUGACAUUUUGGGGCCAAGCUCAUAAUCAGUUUCUGGAUGUUCUCUCCAAAUCAAUCUGGGCUGUGUCUCUGUCACUUCUGUGCAGUCUAGGGAUCCUGAUGCUCUAAACAGAUCAUUACAUUCUGCAGUCUGAUCCCACAAAUGAUUUCUUCGUUUCUGCUGUGUUCAGUGGGAGACAGACAUGUAGUCCUAGUCAAUGGAUCCAACUUAUUGCUUGGAAGCCUUUUCAUUGCAUAAAUCACCUGCAGCAAAUUAAGCAAUGGAUUUUCUUGUUUAAAAAACCCCUCAUUUUACUACUAGUACUGACAAAAACCUCUGGAUCUCCCCUCUCCUGCUACCACAGAAAAGAGCACCUCUUUUAAGAUGGUGCCUGUUGUGACAAGUGCAUAAGUUUUGUGAACAUGUAUAGCUAUAUGCACCACCUAAUUUACCAAAUGAGACAUACUCAAUUUAAAUAAUUCAAACCAGUGAUUCAUUGACUAUGAUUUUUUAAAAUUGUAAUUUGUGAUUUCUUUUAUCCAUUAUACAAUCACUACUGUAACCAAAGAACAUUCCAAGGUGAUGUUUAUUGAGUAAUAGUAUCACAUUAAAGGUUUUAAUGCAUCAGGAAGAAUUUACCAAUUUGUAAGGCUGGAUUCCUAUCAAAAUGUUGCUUUUUCUUCCUUAUGCCAUCCUCAGUCUUAUGCCGCUGGACGGUCUGGUGCAAUCCAUUUAAUUCUUUGGUAUCAUUUGCUCCCUGAACCAGAUUGGUUCAUUUAAUAAAUAUAUUGCCAGCAUCCCUAGUGGUGCAGAUCCAUGUGUGCAAAUCCAUAGGAAUGGACAUUUUGUGCUGGUUACAUGAUGGCACCUUUGUAAUGGCUAUCAGGGAUAUGAAGUUUGGGAUAAGGUUCAGGAUCAGCCCUUUGAGAUAUAGGAUUGUGUAUCUGUAGCCAUGUUUUUCUUAAUUGCAUUUUUAUAUAGGUGUUCAUAUUCGCAUACAAUAGUGAUAAAUGAAGAGAUACUAUCUAACUAAAAACUGAAUGUAAAAAAAGAUGAUGUGGAAUUGUUAUUUAUUUACCAUGCUAAUUUAUUGUUGUCAUUCUUCCUGUCUCUGCUUUUGCUUCAGAACUAUUUACUAAAGUAAAUUGGAUGUUCUUCAUAUUUAACUAUAAAACCUUUAAUAAAGGAAGUUUCAACAAUA